AUGGAUCUCUCUAAAUCUGAAACAACUGUAAGAAAAGUGGAACCAAACCUCCACUUGAAAGUCAGCCUUGGAAUAAUUCGAUAUAUGGGAACAUGGCCCCCUCAAAAUGAAAAAGUUUAUCGAUUUGUAUACAUGAUUUAUACUGUCACUUUUUUAGCAUUUAUGCUAGGAAUUUAUCUUUUUGUUCAGUCUAUUAACGUCGUAUUAAGUUGGGGAAAUCUCUCAAAAAUUGCGUCUGGUGCUCCUAUUUUUAUGACAAAUGCUGUGCAUGCAUACAAAUUUAUUAUCAUCGUGCGUUAUCAGAAGAGGAUACAAGAGCUUCUCAACACCGUUCAUGGACCAAUGUUUAACCAACAUAAUUUAAGACAUGAACGAAUUGUGAGUUGGUACGCAUGGCAGGGAAUUUUUCACCAUGCGGCCUACCAAAGUUUUGGUACAUUUGCAGUAAUUUGUUGGGGUUGUAUACCAAUUGCUGCUUUUUUAGAUGGAAACAAUAACCGUUUACCAUUGGAUGGAUGGUACCCUUACGAUGCAACAAAAUCACCUGCGUUCGAAAUCACCUGGUCUCAUCAGUCAGUCGCAAUAAUUCUGGGUUGCAUUCAUAACGUGGCUAUGGAUGCAUUUAUCACUGGAUUGAUGAACGUAGCAUCGUGUCAAUUCGAAUUAUUAAAAUGGAACAUUGUCGCAAUAGGAAAUGACCAAAAUCAAGAUUCAAAGUUUACGAAAAAAUUAUCAAAAUCAAAUAAUUAUUUUUUACAAAUGAAUUACGAUGAUCAGAGCUAUGCUGAGUUGCGGAAAUGUAUUCAGCACAAUUUAGCUAUAUUUGAAUUUGUUGCAGAAAUUCAAGAUUUAUUUAGCACCGUAAUUAGCAUGCAACUGUUUGUAAAUUGUCUCAUCAUUUGUUUCACGACUUUUUACAUCUCCCAGCUAACAGAAUACUUGCCAGCGGAAUUAGCAGGAAACAUCUCGUACACAUGCUGUAUGACAUAUCAAAUUUAUAUUUACUGUUGGAAUGGCAACGAAUUAUACCUUCAAAAUCAAAGUUUUGCUCAGGCAAUCUACAUGGGCAAAUGGUGGAAACAAAGUGAAAGAUAUAAACGCUCUUUACACAUUGUAAUGCUCAGAACCUGUCGACCUCUUAUUUUAACAGCAGGAUAUUUCAUGACUUUGUCAGUGUCAACAUUCAUGGCAAUCAUCAAAAUGUCAUAUUCCAUGUUUACACUCCUUCGAAGUUCAACAGAGAACAUUUAA